AUGACUCUCUACUACAGUCUUGUUUUUUGCCUUCUCGUCUUCGAGAUGGUGAUCUUUAUUGGACUCAUCGUCCCUCUGCCUUUCACUAUCAAGCGGAAGCUGUUCACCUUCAUCUCUGAAAGUCCGAUAGUAGCGAAAUUGCAAUAUGGAAUGAAGAUUACAUUCAUAUUCAUUUUGAUUCUCUUCAUUGACAGCGUGAACCGAGUGUACCGUGUCCAGCUGGAGGUUACCAAUUUCUCAAAAGAGAACAUGGGAGCGGCUGCCCUCGGCACUGACCGCAUGGAAGUCCAGGCUCGGAAGUUCUACUCUCAACGUAACAUGUACCUUUGCGGCUUCACCCUCUUCUUGUCUCUCAUCCUCAACCGCACUUACACCAUGAUCCUAGAGGUCCUCCGCCUUGAAGACAAGGUCAAGACUCUUGAGGCUGGAAACGCCGGCGAGAUCGGACGCCUGAAGAAGGAGCUCGAUGCCAAGAACCGUGAUAUUGAGACCCUGAAGAAGCAAUGUGAGGGUCUUACCCGCGAAUACCACAGCCUGGGUGACAAGGUUGCCGGUAAGAGCGACGAUGACGCCAAGAAGGAUCUGUAA